AUGGAGAGACCAGGAUAUACAAUUGCUCUUCCAGCCCAAGCACCGGACCUCAAGGAACCGAAUGUCAAAAUAACAGAACUCCCGGCUACACCGCCUUCACCCAACAAAUCCAUCCCACUCCGCAGCGUCACUCUUCGAGAUCCAACCCUCAUAACCACAGAUUUCGACGCCCACCGCUUCCAAGCUGCAGCCUACACUCAGCUCAUCAGCGCUGUCAUCCCAAAAUUUCCGACCCAAGCUCCUGCACCAAUAACACCGCCCGGCUCAGCCCCCUCAGAAACCCUCAUCACAUCCCCCUACAACAAACCCGGCCACUACCUGUCCCUCUCUACCCCUCCCCUGCCUCUCCCUUCCCUCCUCCUCGCCGUAGCCUUAACAUCCCUCCAACCCACUCUCCCCACCUACGCUACAGCCCCAUACACCUCCGCGCUCAACCUCGACAUCGUGCUCGAUGUCCUACGCGCACUUGUUAAAAGCGAAGGUGUAGAAUGGCCAGAAACACGCUUCUACGUCGUUGUCUUCCGGAGCAAACUCAAAGACAACAUUGAUAAUGAUCAUCUGUACAAGUUGGACGAGGAGAGUCACAGAGAGGCGUGUGAGUCCGGUGGGUUGCUGAAAUACUGGUUUGGAAAGAGCGAUGCGGAAAGGAGGAAUUUGGCAACUUGUUUUUGGCAUAGCAGGGAAGAUGCGUAUCGAGGAGGUGUGGGGCCGUGGCAUAAGAAGGCACGGGCGGCGGGGAGGGAGUUGUAUGAGCAUAUUACAUUUACUACACAUUGGUUUACUGUGCUUGAGGGAGUCAAGGGGUAUACGUUUGAGGAUUAUCAUUAA